GUGUGAUGUCGAACUGGCUUGCCGAGGGGGACACAGCGAGUGAAUGGAAUUAAAACUAUGGGCAGACGACACUCUAGCAGACAAUGAUUUUAGUCGCAUAAUGAUUUUAGGUGCGUUUUGAGAGAUCUUAGCUCACAUCGUUGAUCGUUAUUUCCCCCGCCUUGCUAUGUCUCCAUCUGACAUUAAAACACCUGCAGUGCUUUGGAAUUUGUAUUGGGAGGUGGGAGCUCGCUAGCUCGCUUGAGCUGAGUCGGAAUUAAGAUGCCCAAAAUCCGCAUCGGGUAAUGAAUGAUCGAGACGUGUUGCUCUUCCUGACAUUACAUGCCGUAAAUUUGUAAGGAUCAAGUCUGCGAUUCAAGUUCAAUAUCGACGUGGCAUCACUUUCAACCUUUGCAGAAUUGAACUACUUUAAAAAGAUAAUCCCGACCUUUUCAUUUCAAGAUACGAACAAUAGACCCAAAAUCAACAACCGCCAGACAACGAUGGCGUGUGCGACAUCAACGAACACGGGGAACGAUGAACUGGACGUAUCGAUCACGGAGGCGAUCGUCCAAGCCCAUUCGAUGUACGACGAGCUCUACAACAGCCGACAGCUAGAGAAGAUGGUUGAUUCCAUCUACGCUGAGGAUUGUUGCGUCAUGAUGGAAGGGCGUGACGUCAUCCGGGGUAGGAAAGAACUACUAGAGCUUCUAUGUGGCUUUUCGAAGGACCCCAGCCAUCAUCGCGUGGAAAGCAAUGCGAUGGAGAUUCGAGAGAUAACUGCACCGGGCCAGCGAAUUUACGAGCUCGGUCGCUAUUCAUUUUUCGACAUCCCUAACACGGGACGCGCGGACGGCAGACACGUCAUCGUUUGGACUCGAAUCGGCGGGAAAUACUUUAUCACUUUGCAAAGUAUAAAUCCGAUUACAUGAGGUUGACCGUGUGCAAAUAUCGUCUGCAUCACUACGUUUGAACUCAAGAAGAAAGACGUUAUGAGUAUCCGUCAGAGAAAGGCUUUACUUGCGAAGAAGGCUAGAUUGUAUAAAUAUUGCACUUGAAAUGGUUGAAUGUUCUGAGCACCUUAGCGGCAUGAAUAGGACUUCUGUGGUAGGAAAUAGUUUUUUGUUUCCUUCUUAAACUGGCACAAUAUGAAAGAAGGAAUUGAAUAGACUACCAGGAUAUUAGCAGAUUGACAAAUUCCCACAAGCGCACGCCCUGACAUCGUAGUAUAGUCGUGACUGCUUCGGUAUAGUGCAAUACAAUGUAGCUGCGACAGACGCCCACGUUCUUUCGCAAUAUAUAGGUGUUUGCUUCGAAGGUCCUGUUAUAUCGUCCAAUAUCAUCCAAUAUGCUAAGCUACCUUUCUGAAGGUGAUAGAGAAUAAACU